GUCAAUAACAAGAACUGAACAAAAAGGUGUUCUAUGAGAACCCCCAGUUGUCUGAUUGGUCUCUAGAGAAGUUUUUCUUCGACCCUUCUCCUCAGCGUUUGUAGCCUAGCCUCUAUGCAAUCUUCUUCGAUGCAUUUCACAUCACAAUUGCAGAAAGUUUCUUCAUUGAAUAAGACAAAUGGAUGCUGAUUCUUCACGAUGAUGGUUUCUAACAAAUGAUUCGAAGCCAUGUCUUUUAGUGUACAUCCACAGAUGUCUUCAACGAUAGGCGGUGGUGCUAAUAUGAGCAUGAACUUUGAUAACAAGACGGUUCUGUCGAAAGACGUUUCCGGCUUGGACAAGCAUCUGAAUGCUGUCGUGUCUGGUCUGUUGGAUAAAGAGAGUAACGAGGAGAACUUAUCGUUUUACUCCGCCAUGGAAGAGGAAAUACAACAAGGAGCUCGUGGUUCCGCCGGUGAUUGUCAGAGCUUCGAGCUUUUUAACUUCAACGAAACUGAAACGAGGCUGAAGCUUCGGGAAUUGGAAAGGGCACUUCUUGAAGAUGAAGAAGAAGAAGAUAGCUUUUUCGCCGAUGAAAUCAUGGGGAUGGGGGAAUGUUCCGUAACAACCUGCACCGAAUCUUCUUUCUCGGAAGACUCUUCUUAUAUCAGCGGCCAGGCGCAAGCAUUAUUAUCACGUGGAAACACAAAGCAAAUGCUUAUCUAUUCUGCCAGAGCUUUGGCCGAGGGGAGGGUAGAGGAAGCUUCCGCUAUGAUCAACGAGCUCAGGCAAGUGGUCUCGGUUAACGGAGACCCGCUGCAGAGAGCAUCGGCUUAUAUGACAGAAGGCCUUGCUGCUCGUGUGGAAGCUUCCGGAAAAUGUCUCUACAAAGCUCUUAGAUGCAAAGAGCCACCUUCUUCCGAGAGGCUCGCGGCUAUGCAAAUACUCUUCGAGGUAUGCCCUUGUUUCAAGUUCGGGUUUAUGGCUGCAAACGGGACGAUCAUCAAGGCAUUCGAGGGCGAAUCACGGGUUCAUAUCAUAGACUUCGACAUUAACCAGGGAAGCCAGUACAUGACACUGCUUCAAACAGUUGCUGGUUUGUCUGAAGCCGCACGUCCCCAUCUGAGGUUAACCGGAGUAGAUGAUCCCGAGUCGGUCCAACGAAUAGUCGGGGGACUUGAGAUCAUCGGGCUCAGGCUCCAAGAGCUCGCCGAUAUUCUCGGGGUAUCAUUUGAAUUCAAGGCAGUACCUGCAAAGGCUUCAAGUGUUACACCAACGAUGCUGGACCGCAGACCAGGAGAAGCCCUGAUCGUGAACUUUGCAUUUCAGCUGCAUCACUUGCCAGACGAAAGCGUUUCAACCACAAACCAAAGGGACAAGCUUCUCCGUAUGGUCAAGGGAAUGAACCCAAAGCUCGUAACAAUGGCCGAACAGGACGUGAACACUAACACCGCCCCAUUCUUCCCGAGGUUCAUAGAAGCAUACAAUUACUAUACUGCGGUUUAUAAGUCUCUAGACGUGACAAUGCCACGGGGGAGUCAGGACAGGAUGAAUGUGGAGAGGCAUUGUCUGGCGAGGGACAUAGUCAACAUCAUUGCCUGUGAAGGGGAAGAGAGGGUAGAGCGGUACGAGGUUGCAGGCAAAUGGAGGGCAAGAAUGACAAUGGCUGGUUUCACUUCUUGCCCAAUGAAUCCUGGUAUGAUCGAUGUGAUCAAGAAAAUGAUAAAGGAGCAGUACUGUGAUAAGUACAAGGUGAAAGAGGAACUGGGUUCGCUUCAUUUCGGUUGGGAAGACAAGAGCUUGAUCAUUGCAUCGGCUUGGACAUAGAUCAUUGUUUCAUACUGUCAUGUGUAA